CACCUACCCAGCUUUCCCACCACCGUGUGCCCUCGCGAAUGUCGCGCACCCAGGCGCGCAGUCCCACACCUACGUCUUGAACAACGAAACUCCCCGUACCGCCGCCCAAGAUGAAGCUCAAACUCAAGAACCCGAAUGCGCUUCCUGGCGAUGCGCCGCCCGCCGCACCUCCCCCGUCCGACGCGCCUACACCCGUUUCCGCGAAGCCAGGAGGCCUCAAGCUGAAGCUGAAGCCUUCAGGACCCGCGGCUGGCGAGCCUGCAGAUGGCCAGAAUGGCGAAGGUACCAAAGUUAAGCGCAAGUACACCAAGAAGCCCAAACUCGAUGAAAGCGGCAAUGUCAUUCCCCCGGGAAAGCCUGGACCGAAGAAGAGGGCACGCGAAGACGGCGACGAUAUCGAUUCACCUGCCGCGAAGCGCAAGCCGAAACCCACCGCGAAGAGCCUCGCCAUGGCCAAUGACAGCGGCGACGACGACGACGAUUACGCCGCAGUCCAACAACCUCCGCCUCAGCCUAUCAAGUCACACAACCGUACUCAGUCUAUCAAGCUCUCGAUCAAACCGAAGGGAAGCAUGACCUCGGCGAGACCAGCCAUCCUAAAGGUCAAAGGCGCAGGAAAGCCGCCAGUCAGACCAUAUGGUGUCGGAUAUGACAGCGAGGCAGAAGAGGCGGAACCUGACCCGGCUAUCGAAUCUCAGUUUGUGUUGCGCAUGAAGCCAGGCCCAGACUGCGAUUUGCUGCGCAAGUCCAUCGAAGAGAAGACCAUUGGCAAGAGUGUGUCACAGGGAGGGCCCGGCGUACACUUCCGAUUCUUUGACCGCGAGGGCCGCCGUGCUAUGCUCACUGUACAAGGCCGCCACUACGCUGCGACUAUGGUCGAGUUACCCGCAGUCAUAGAGUCACUGAAGAGUUGGAACAAGAAGGACUGGGUCAAGACCGCAGACGUCUGCCAGAUGCUGCUAGUCCUGGACGAAGUUAAGAACGAGGAGGAAGCGAAGAAGUAUCCACUGCCAUCCUACAUCUCGCCGGAUACCCACCGGUUUCCCCACGGUCUGACGCCACCUAUGAAAUGGGCCCGCAAACGACGCUUCCGCCCUCGAAAAUCAUACAUCGACGUUGAGCGCGCCGAAGCAGCGUUACACCGACUAUUGGAAGCUGACGAGCUCGCCGAGUCAACGAAAUAUGAGAUGGUAGACAGUGAAGCCGAGAGCUCAGAGGAGUCUAGUUCGGAAGAAGAGGUCGACGACGAGGAGAUGGCAGACGCUACCCAAGUGGAAGAAAUGGAUGCCGACCAACUGGAGCAGAUGCUUGCCGAAGGACUCAUGGAUGACGAGGUCGAAUUCCAGGGCGACAAUGACCAACUGAAGGCUUUGCUCGCGGGUAACGACAACGUGCAAGUUGAACAGGCUGACACGCCCACCACCGCUCACGAUGUCGCCAUGCACGCUCUCAGCCAGAACGGAAACGUCGUUAUCGAAACCGAGACGGCAGCGUCUACACCUGCAGCCGCGACAUCUGCAGACGACGACGAUGAUGACGACGACGAAGAUUCCGAUGAGGACGUCGAUGAGGUGGACGAAGCUGCCGCAGCGGAGGAACAGCGUCAAGAGCAACUUCGGGGCGAAAUCGCAGAGUUGGAGAGAGCUAUUGUUCAAAGUACAGAAGCACGCGACAGACACACCAACUUCCUCUUCAAGAAGCGCGCACAAACCCAAAUCGACAAGCAGAAAGCGGAUCUUGCAAUCAAGCGUAAGCAGCUGAAUGAGGAGGCUGAUGAGUGAUCAUACCUCCCCUAGACCUUGCUCUCUCGGUGAAGGGUUGGUCAUGGACAUUGGGUAGCGGGGUUUAUUAGAUGUAGCAUCGCUUCGGCGUUCUCAAUGGGUAGGGAGCAUUCAUAUGGCGUUUUCUUUGGGCUGGGGUGCAGCACCCAUGGCUCUAUAGCGGAUAUUCCCAAUUUCAUUUAUUGCUCACACAGAGAUGUGUUCAAGGGGAAGUCUUCCUUGAAUGCUUCCAUGGAGGGUUCUGUAUUUAGUGGAGUACAGAAAACACGCUACCAGACAGGCACUCUGUCUAGAAAAUUCCAUGUCAUGUAUGCAAUGUACGAUCGCGAGAUCGUCGUGAGGGUGAAAACAUGACAGAGCGACUAUGCGAACCAUCCGAGU